UCCGAGCCGUCAAUCACCGCUGGCCCCGUCGCCAUGACGACCGCGCCGCCGGGGCCGCGCCGGGCCGGGGCCGCGCAGAGAAAUCUGCAAAAAUGCCAAAAAAUCUCAAAUCCAGCAAGACCACCCUGAAAGGUUCAAAAACAGCGGCAAAGAAACCAAAAGGUAAAAAGGAUGAAGUUGAUCUUUCUAUGGCCAGUAUAGGCCACCCAGAAAUCUUUCCUUUGCUUUUGACUGCAAAGACCCAAGAAAUUUUUAAUUGCCGAGCUGAUGAAGAUGUCACAGAAGAAAAUUAUUUCAAGUGUAUUAAAAAAGAGGACAUAAUUCAAGACCUGAAAACAAGAGCUAAAUCUUCUGAUUUCCACCCUUUCAAAAAAGUUAUCCUAGAAUAUCCAGGGGAAGAACUCUUGGUAGUUUUUGAUCCAAGCUUCCAAUAUGGAGAGAACUUUUAUAUUGUUGCUUCAGAAGAAGCCAAGGAAAACUUUCUAAAGUCUUUAGCAGCUGCAGAAGAAAGAGAAGAAACAGAAGAAGAAAACAUAGAGGAAACUGUGGAAGUCCACAAACCUUGGGUUUCCCUUGGCAGCGAAAAGGAAGUUGAAGAAGAAUCUGUUAAAGAAAGGGAUACAAAGAUUAAGUACAAGAUCUCUCGAGUUCGCAGGAAGUUUGGUGCACCCAUUACAUUUACUGACAAGAAUGCUGCAGAUGAAAAAGAGAGCUAUGCUGAAUGCACGGCCUAUGAAGAUGAUACUUUCAGUAUUAAAAUGCUUGAAAGGGAUGUGGGGGUGCAAAUGGUUCCAAAAGUAAGAGAAACUAGUACUCAGACAAAAUGGACCUAUCCAAAAAAUGCAUCCACGCAGUAUUAUCCAAGGCAGUUGUCAAAUGAAGCAAAAGCAGAGAUUCUGUCAUCUGAGACGCUGAAAAAUUUUCUUACAGCAGUACAUUUAAGAGUGGAAAUUGCACUGCAGCAAAAUGAAAUUAUGAACGUUUUUUUUGAUGACUGGAAGGCCCUAGCAAAAGACCAAGAAGAAGGCAAGCCAGAUGUUUAUCUUAAAGAAUACCAAUCAUUUACAGAUGUGCAGUAUCUCAAGAACAGAACCAUUAGCUGCGUUCGCUGGCAUCCAACCAUUUAUGGGAUUAUAGCACUGUCAGCAAGAGAGCAGCCUUUGGAUGAAGAACAAGUUAACCUUUCUAAUAAAUCAUUGCUACACGAGUCAGUUAUACUUCUCUGGAGUUUGUUUGACCCUCUCUGCCUCCAGUUGGUGUUGAAGGCUCCUGAAGACAUUUGCUGCUUUCAGUUCAGCCCAAGUGAUCCAAAUAUCAUUGCUGGUGGCUGUGUCGAUGGACAGGUUGUAUUGUGGGACAUUUCUAAACACGAAGAAAAGCUGGAAAGUACAAAGCCUGUUGCUGAUGAAAUCAUUGACUCGUCAGAGGGUGAGCCAAGAGCAGCAGCGGUGACUGAGCCAUUAUCUAAGCAAGUCCAGUACAGUAGCACAGAGCCACCUCUAGUGAGACACUGUGCAGCCUCUUCCACACCAUACUGUCACACAAAGCCAGCAACAGAUGUACAAUGGCUACCAUGUGACUUUGAGGAAAACCAAAAGGGUGGUACUUCUGAAAACAAAGAUGAAAAAAAACUGCAGCUUGUAACCUGCUCCCCUGAUUGCUCAAUAUUAUUUUGGGAUAUUCCAUCCAUUGAACGUCGUGAACAAUUUUUAUCUGAAAAAAUAAAGCAGGAGAGAAGAUCUCAGAUGCCCCCUGGUGAUCCAGACACUGAUGAGGAUUUAGAUCUCUCCUGGAAACCUCUCAUAAAGAUAAAUCUGCGUGAAAGGGAUAACAACACCGAGUAUGGUCCCACGAGAAUCAGUUUAAGGAAAAUGCAGUAUCGUUACAAACCCCCAGGGAGGGCAAAAUCUUGGAGCGCACUAAGAGCCCCCAUCAAAGAGAGCCCAUACACAGAGAUGAGUGCUUCUUCAAGCAAAAAUCUGCAAUUGCUAGAGAAUAUAUCCACAGAAUUUUUUGUUGGAAAUGAAGAUGGAGAAGUUGUUUAUUCUGAAUGGAAAAAGAAAAUUGAUACUCAUACAGCAAAACCAGUUAGUCAGAAGCAUUCCCAGAAAUACUCCCUCCACACUGAAACUAUCAACACUCUCCAGAAAUCUCCAUUUUUUAAAGACGUCUUUCUAAGCGUUGGAGGCCAGAAGUUUGCGAUUUGGAAAGAAGGAGUUACAAAUGGACCAAUCCUUCACUCAAGCUGCUCUGCAGGAAGAUACACUGCAGGACAAUGGUCCUUAACAAGACCAGGAGUUUUCUUCAUUGGCAGAGACAAUGGAAAUAUAGAUAUCUGGGACUUACUGAAAAAAACUCAUGAGCCAUCUCAUCUCCAGAACAUCUCCAAAUCAGUCAUCACUUUCAUCAGCCCCUCCAGUGCCUCAGCAGAGCAGCAUUUUCUGGCUGUUUCUGACAAUCUUGGAGUUCUGCAUAUUUUGGAAAUCUGUCAAACAUUAUGUCACCCUUCAAGUAAUGAGCAUGCCAAAGUACUUGAUUACUUUGAAAGAGAAGUCAAAUAUCUGAAGUACUGUGAAGAGGAAUUUGAAGAGUAUCAAAAGUUUCAAGCCAAAACAGAAUUGAAAUUGAACUGGAGACAGAGAGACAGAAAACAUGUAUGACUACAGAAAACAAAAGAAGAGAUGGAGGAUCAAGAAAAUGCACAUUCUACUGUGUUUCUAGAGCUGGAGAAGCAGAUAGUAAUGGAUUUAGAAACAAGAAAUACUUUCCUCACUGGAUGCUUAGAGCCCAUUAUCACCUUUAAAACCAGCAAGCUUCUUAUUGAAAGACCUCUAGUUCAGCAGAACAUGUUAAGCUUUGGAAAUAAAGAAUCUUGCAAUAAGAGAUUAUUGUUUCAUUAACCUUAUCUAUUUGUUUGCUCACAGUGUGGUUAAAGAACAAUUGAUUUGGACCCAGUUUCCCCACUGUUUUUCCUUAAUACAGUCAUAAUGAAUAUUCUCUUUAAAUAAUAGUUCUCAAAGCUCUGUCAGGACUCUGAACCACUUUUACUUGCUAUCAUCAGUUUACAAACUUAUUGUUACUUAAUCCUGGCAAGUGCUUACGAAGAGAAAACCAAGUCCAUCCAAAUAUAUUGUUCUCUCAAAUAAAUCAGUACUAUUUAGAACAAACAGCUUUUAGUAAGCUCACUGUAGCUGUGCAUUUCUGUCAAAAGACAAUUAUCCCUCAGAGAGAUCAAAUGGUGUUAUACAGAAGUUUUAAUAUUUACCAGUGUAAAUAAGUAACAGCUCAUGAAUAUUAAUAUCCACUCUCCAUCCAGAAAGGACUCUUUGGUAAGUGGUUCUGCUGCUACUUCAAUAGCCAGGUCAGACACCAUGUAACUGAGCAGAGCCUGCCAGGCAGAAAUUAAAUCUAUCAGAGGAGGACAGAUUAAACCCUAUACGGGUGAGUUCACUCUUUCCAUGACUCACCAAACUGUUUGAGGGUCACAGACUCCUGUCAAACAAAUGUCCAUGUGGUCACAGUAGACACUAAAGCACAAAAGACAACUGACACACAGGGGAUUUGCAGAAAGGAUCUUCAGCUGACAAGCAAUAGCCAGCCCCAGCGUUCUGCUUCGUCAAGAGUAAAGCACAGCCAAAGAGAAAACAGGAUCUGUGUGAGGCUCCUGCAUCCCAAAAUAAACACUGCAAAUUGGGGUUAGGCAGUGUUAAAGACAUGGCCCUUCAAUUUUCUACAGCCAGGAUCUCUCUAUCAUGUGCUUGUAGCACUUUGAUUGAACUUUGGUCAGAUAUAAGAGAAGUUUGGAGCCAGUAGAUAGGAGUUGGUUUGGAAAAUGGUCUCUUGUUUUUUACUUAGAAGUUUAAAUAUUAUAGCAAUAUUCCUUGUCCUUCACGUUGAACUAGUUCUAAAUUAAAACCAAGGAAAAUUCAACAAGCAUGUCCCUAGCACCUGCAGCACAGUGUUUGCAGUCAGAGUGCAAACAGGAAGAGAACACUGCUCCUCUGCUAAAUCAAUAUUUAACUAACAGCCUGCUCUACACAAUAUGUAAACAUCAUACAACUGUCUAAUUAAAAAGCUCACCUAUUAUCAGGCUUGGACUUCAUUAGUACACCACCUCAGAGCAUCUUCCAAAGAUUUCUUUUGAUUAAAGGGCUGCAAAAUACAUAUAAAUCAGUCAAUCAGGUGGCCAUGGCUUAUCUGGAAAGGCCAGCCAACCCCCUCCACUGCAGCUCUACCCCUACUCCCCAGAAGAGGCAGCAGCCUCAAUGGGAGCCUUGUUCCCCACAACAGAGGCACUCUUAAGAGUUUUGAUUUAAAAAAUAUCCCAAAAGACAGAGGGAUUUCAGAUGGGUUUUCCUAACAGCAAGGCCAAAGAGGCAGCAAAUCAGGAUUCUGCUUAUCAGCUCCCCUCCCUCCCUAGAGCAGAGUAGUUUGGGAAGCUGCAGGAAUGCCCCAGUGGGAAGGGAGUAAUCUUCCUGAGAGGUAUUUUCCUCCUCAUCUCUGUUCCCAAGUAACACAGGAGACAUGAGAUUAUACAUCCCAUCGGGAUCCUUUAAUCUGUCUGACACAAUUCCAGAUGUUCAAAUACCUGCAGGGUCAGCUUUGCAUCAUCUCGUGUCGGGCCGUUGCAGUUUUGCCCUGAAGAUGUUAAGGCACAUUACAGGUUUUCCUGCUUGGUUCUAAGGGACAAGCAGAAUGAAAACAGUAAAUUCAUUAUGUAGGAUGACAUUUUAAAGAAAAUGUAUCAUAGUUACAUGACAAUGCAACAUCAGUCCCCCUCACACCCUAAAUAACCAUCUUUCAGAUGGUGUUAGCUGCAGAAUGUGAGACAACAGCUUCCUAUAUCAAAAUACACUUCCUGGCAAGAAUCCCAGUACCUCCAUCCUUGGGGUGAAGGGAAGGGGUUAAGAUCUGACAGUGGAAAUACCAUGUGUGUCUCUGCUUUAUCAGAUCUAUAGAUUUAUUCUGUAAAAACCCUACAUACCUGUUGGGGAUGUUUCCCUGUUUUUAGAACAUGUCUUAAUAGCUGCAGAUCCAUUUCUUGUCUGGUGCAUUAACAAACAUACAAAUAGGUUACACAUUUGGGACAGACAGAUGUAAAAACCUGAAGUUUCUGAGCAUGUAGGUCCCCAGUGGCUUAAGCCAGCCUGAGGUCAUGCCACCCCACUAUUCCACACUCCACACCAUCCCCACUCACCUCUUGCAGGCUCCUGUAAUGAGCACUUUGGGAAGCUAAUAGGAGGAGAAGCAAAAAGGGGGAUCAGCCACACAGCACCAGCAGUGUUUGGAAUGUGGAAAAUCCUAUUUAAACAAACAGGAAAGGAUUACAACUCUACAAAUGGCCCUGGUCCACUCCUAAAUCCACCCAAGUGUAUCAUAUCCCUAACCCUUGGCAGCAAGGAAAGCACAGACCUACCUUUGCACUUCUGCUUUUCCUUGGGGACUACAAACUACAGCUCUUGGUUGUGACCCAGCCCUGCACAUGGCCAUCAGGGGCCUGUGCUUGGGUAAAACCAUUUAAUGUGAUUUUGGGACAAGCCUUGGAGCUGCCUCUGUAAAAGCACCCACACCCAUUUCCUUUACCUGGAAGCAGAGGUCACACCUGAAGGAAGUCCACAGACUCCGAGGACAAUUUACUCUCUGAACUCCACUGAAGGCUCUGCCCUCUGCUGUUAACCUCUCCCAGCCCCUGGUGAACAGGAGCAGCUCCUGAUGCCAAAGGAGUCUCACCCAGCAGACAACAGCACAGGGCAGCACAGCGAAGGAGGCUGCUGGCUGUGGCCACAGGGCUGGAGCAGCUCUGCUCUGCAUCCACACACAGCCAGAGGCUGCCCUUUUGUGUAAAAAAAUCUUAAUUACUGCUUUGGCAGAAGCAGGUUGUUUUAAUCUCCCAAUUUAGUGCCCCUAGAUUAAGGUAAUUCCCACAGUAAUCCUGUUCCUUAAGAAUCUGUAACAAUCACAGAAAGAAUGCAGCUUGACCAGAUUCUGUAACUAACUAUAUGAAAUAUAACAGUCUCUAUAAGAAUAUAUAUAUAAGGGAUAACAUAACAAAACACCACUUGGAAAAUGUCUCAUUAAAGGAGGAUUUCUAAGACACAAGAUGUGUUUCACAAGUUGUUAUAACAAAAUUACCAGGAAAUGUUUCAGUAAUACAAUAUGUUAAUAUAUUUUAAUUAUCUCAUGAUAUUAACAUGAAUACAAUUUAUGGAGUCAUUAAUUUCCACUGUUGCAAUAUUAAAACGUUAAAGUUGACAGAGUUAGAGAGCCCUCCUGGAGGAAAAGCUUACGUGCAUUCAAGAGGUGACCACUUACAUCAUCUGGAUUAUUACAGGCAAUGAAACAUUAAUAAAUAAAUUUAAAUGCAAACAUCUUUCAAAGAGUGCUAAUGGAAUAGUGGUUUGUUUUUAAUUAACUGACUCAAACAUUGGGUCAAUCUGGACAUGACAACAGAACAAAACAUCUGAAAAGCUAAAUGUCUUUAUAUAAUUAAUUCAUGUGUGCAGCCAGUGCAAAUGGAUGACAUCAGUUUAGACAGGUUCAAAUAAUCACGAGCUAGGCAAAGACAGAUUUUGUUCUUAAUUCAAAUUUUAUUUAGAAUUUAAAUUUAUAGUUUAAAAAGUAUGCACAUUCUGUAGGUAUAAAAGUUUAAAAAAAUACAUCGAUUUAUUGAUAAAUGCUUCAGGUUAAAUUUACAUUUUCACUCAUAUCAUUAUAUUGCAAUAAUUGUUUUGCAUCUUUUAACACUUAUAAAAAUAAAUUAGUGAGAUUGAAUAACCCAUUGGAACCAUGCUAAAAUAAUUCCUUAGAAAACAGGGGUGAAGUUUGCCAUAGCAAUUCUUAAUUCCUUGUAAAUAAAUAACUCUUCAAUUAAGCAGUAUAAGAAAGUACAGGUUAGCAGAAAAGCACUUACCCACAGGGUGAAUGGAAAGCCAUGGUGGGAUGUCAAAAAUCGUACCAAAAAGAUGUAGAAUUAAUUUCUACCCUGACAGCAACUGACCUCUGAAAACAGCAAAACCCUCUCAGCCCCACCUGCCCAAAUGCCCCCUUCCUUGGGGUGUGUAUGUGACCUGUAGAGGACAAGCAAUGACUCUGUAUGUCCUUUUGGUUAGAAGGACGACCAAAAUACCUGUAUACAAUUUGGUGACUAUUUUUACCUGAAUCAAGAAUGCGUUUCCUUAAUAUGAAAUGUUUAACAGCUCACCAUAAAUGACUAGAGAUGAAAGAGGCUCUGAGCAUUUGGUGAUAGCUGAAUCUAAUAAGGUCACAGUGAACUGCAAUCCCACCCAAACUCCCCAGGAGUAACAUCACUCCACCCAUUCAACCUCAUGUGACAACUCUGGUUUAAUUUUUUUGGGAAAGUAAUUAAAAAAAAAAAAAAAAAGUAACUGGCUUUGUGCUGAAUUUGUAUCUUGCAUCUCCAGAGCCACAACCCUUUAGAGAGGGCUCAAAUGCAUGUAACUACCAGCAGCAGCCAAGAGUACCACAAGAAGAAUAUAUGAAACUCUGGAAAGAAAAAAAGGUACCAAAAUAUCAAAAAAAAAGGAAGAGGUUAUAAAGGAAAAACAAAAAACAUUUUUUGAAAAGUAAAUACCUUCCAGACCUUCUUUAUAUGUGAAAAAAAUCCAUGGAGGAAGAAACAAACAAUGAAGAGAAAAAAAA